CCCUGCGAUUAAAAGCGAACCGAAACGUUGCCAUUCUUGAUGGAUGGGAGCGGUUGUCAAGCUGCGCCCUUGAUUGUGGGAUCUGAUAAGAGUUUCGUUCUAAGCAGGCUUCUUGUUGUCUGCAAGUCUUCCGGUAGGAAGAGAAAGGGUAUAAGGAUGUUGGAGGGAAAGUCAAGAGGACGGGGCAUGAUUGUUCGUUAUGGAAUUUUAAUCCUUUGAAUGGCUAUAUUAUCAGUUAGAUGGGUGAGGAGUGUAUAAUUUAGGAAAAUUAGAGAUUCCCGAUACUGCGACUUUGAGCCUAGGUAGGGCUAGGUAUCCGUAUCCUCGCCACCCAGUUUCCCUCUGAAGAUUUGAUUUCUCACCUUGAAAAGGCAAGAGGAAUGUGGGAUCUUUCAGCUUUUAAACUGUAGGACUUUAUAGGUUUAUAUAUGAAUCUGGUGAUUAAGAUUGAUACUUGCUAACUAUUCCUAUUCUCGUAUUAUACAUUAAUGCAUACAUUUCAUUGGGGUUGCUUUUACAAAUUGAGUUAGAGACUUCACUGUGCUUAUUUCUUGAGUGUAUGCAGAACCUUCCAGCAAGGCCUUAGAGCCCCUCCACAUAUGUUAUUUAUCAGCAAGACAUGUCUUUGGGAAACUGAGGUACAGGUGUUAAAAAUGCUAAAUCAUGUGCCAAGACUCAGAGCCAGCCUAAGGUAGGUUUAAAAUUAAUGUCCUGUGUUAAUAACUUUUCUGAAGUUUAUCAAGUUGUUGGACUUUGGUCCCUUGAACCCUACAAUGAAAUCAAUCAACAGGAGGGGUUUUCAUGUGUCAAAGUGCUUAUCAGAGGAGAAUAAAAAAACACAAACAAGUAAUGCAGAUUCUCAACCUCAGUCACAAUAAAGGGCGGUGAUAGAAUGGUCGUAGCAAAAGAUGAUCAAGAAAUCUCUGCGCCCACAGCUUUUCUUCAGUGUGCCUCGUGAAAGUGUGGCGUUGACUUGUUCUGUUGUUUCUCUGAGCCUAGUAGGAAAAUAGCUAUGAUUUGGUUAAAGAGUGAAAACUUGAAAACACAUGCCCCGCUUUUCUUUCUGGGUACUUUGAAUUAGGGAACAAACAAACAAAUCACUGUUUUCUAUCAUCUAAUCUUAGGUGUCUUUGAAUUAUUUUAUGUUGAGUUCCUAAUUCUUUGACUCUCAGUCCAUUCUCUUGAUUUCCAUUUGUACACUCCAGCUCUCUCACAUGCCCUUAAAGCUUCUUCUUUUUAUCUUUUCUGAAUUUUGAAUUUCUAAAUGAAAUUGUUUGUUCGUUUGUUUACUUGCAGGGCAGACUUGAGCUUCUCACACUGUGUGUGACCAUCAUUUUCAGUGGUGUAAAGUCCUGAAGCCAGAUACUGCAGCUCUUGAACUGUUAACUUUUAAAAAUAGCAGCCACUGUGGUUGUCUCUUGAUGAUUGGUGCAAUCUCACAAUAGAAGCAGAGGCUGCCCUUUGUGUUCUGUGGCCAGGGUUGCAAACAAUAAAAAGGAGACAGCCUUCUGAAGCUGAUGUCGGGUCACCCUGGGAAUAAGUGCAAUGUGGUUUUGUAGAUUGAGGCAGGACGUAUAGUUACAAUGAGGCACUGCAGUUUGUUGUAAUCGUGGUGAUAAUAGGCAUACUUUUCUCUCUGCACCCAGCAGCGCACAGUUGUGCAACAGAGUAGAUGUGCAAGAAAUAGUUGGUGGUUGAACGAAUGAAUGAAUGGAAAACAGUAUGAAGUAAGGGGAAAUACUCUAGUGUAUACAUUGUUGAGUUCCUCUUUUUGUUAAGGAAAAGACAAGAAAGUGUUUCAGAUUACUGCUGAAAAUUGCCAUGAAGGUGAAGGUGGGUAUCGGUACAGGGUGUUACUUGUUGGAACGGCCUUGAGAUUUGAUUCUGUGAUUGUAUGCUGUUCUAGCCCCCUGCAGUCUCUGGGCAGCCUGUGGUACUCCGGUCAGGUGCAGCUUCACACACUUGCUCCUGCAGCCUUCUCUGGCUAGACUAACUGAGCAGUUGGAUUGGUAGUCAGUAUUUUUGCUUUCCUGGAAGCACUGGAGCUCUUGGCGAUGGCCUCGCCAUUACCCUUGAUCUUGACUGUCCAUCUUCUCAUCCCUUACGGAGGGUGAUGGGAAAGGAGAGCCGUCCCUCCUGAAGCACUUCUCCAGCAGCUCCUUAUUCCAAUCCUAUAUUAGUUCUCCCUCUUUUCCUUCCUUGAGCAGCCUCUGUGACCCCACAGGGCUAAUGAAUUCAUUAGCACAGACUUGGGGAAUGGAAGACCUUACUUUGCAACUGAAAGCAGCUUAUGAGCGGCUUAGAACUUAUAAGGUCUGUGAGCUUGCUAGAGCCCUCUAGGAGAGAAUAUAAUGCAGAGAUCUCUCUUGUGAUUUGGUCUCUCCUAUGCAAAAGCGAAAAAGAAAAGAGAGGCCUAGCUUGAUGAGUCUUGAGGGGUGCAUAUGUCACCCCAGUAGGAGAUAAGAAGUGGAGCCUGAUGCAGGAAAGAGUAAGCUUUGGUGUGGUUUAGAGUCUGUGCUUUCUGGCGAAGUCACAGUCCAAUGGAGGUUUGUUAACUUGGGUACACGAUAAAAGGAGGUCAGGGAACAUGAAAUCAUGAGUGUGUAAUGGAACAGGUACAGGGAUGAGUCCGUGAUGGAGCAGGGCCUGGAAGCGAUGGAAAUAUGUAGGCUGUUUGCCCUACUCUGCAUUAAUUCCUGACUCUGCCUUUAAUAGCCUGCCUCUUCUUUCACAGGCGGGAAGUUGUACUUGGGCUGUUGUUAGUGUCUCUGCCGCUGUCUUGUAAAUGGGCAGCUUCUGGUCUUCUAUGGAGAAACGGCCCCGGGUAACUCUGCUUCCUGAUGGGAUGUGAAGCAGCCACAUGGGCUUCUCGAGGGUCUGCCGCCUCUCUGUUGGUGGAUGGAUUUGGGACCCACGAUGCUACUGCCCAAAGGCCUCCUGUUGUUAACGCCUCAGUUUCUCAUUUUUGGUUUAGAUAACGGACUUGCACCCUCUCAGGGUGCACUUGUUUUGUGGUUCUUCUGCAGGAAAGGGAAGUACCAGCGGAGGUUCUCACUCCGGAAAGCAUCACCAGGGACCCCUGAAGAUCUGGCUCCAGCCCCGUCUCGUGUCGUUCUCGGCCAGUGUCUGGGGCCCUCUCCAGUCUUCCUCUCAGCAUCUGCAGACCGCCUUUGCUCCCAGCCCCAGCCAGGGGCGGGCACAGGCUUGGUCGUAGCCGUUGCCUCGAAAGGUGGAAGCAGGCCGAACGGCGCAACACUUUAAAAUUGGGAAUUUUGGGAGGUGCUCCUGUGAAGAAAUGGACCAGUGUGCGUAACCAUGGAAUCUCCUCACUAACCUGCUCUCCUUGAGAAGUGAGAGAGAGUGGGUCAGGGGAGAAGGAAAAGAGGUCACCAUGAAGCUAAAGCAGCGAGUCGUGCUGUUAGCGAUUCUUCUCGUCAUCUUUAUCUUCACCAAAGUUUUCCUGAUUGACAACUUAGACACAUCAGCUGCAAACCGAGAGGACCAGAGGGCUUUUCACAGAAUGAUGGCUGCCUUGCGGGUGGAGCUGGUGCCCAAGCUGGACCACACCUUGCAGUCUCCCUGGGAGAUCGCAGCCCAGUGGGUGGUUCCUCGGGAAGUGUACCCAGAAGAGACACCGGAGCUGGGGGCAAUCCUGCAUGCCAUGGCCACCAAGAAGAUCAUUAAAGCUGAUGUGGGUUUUAAAGGGACACAACUGAAAGCCUUACUGAUACUUGAAGGAGGACAGAAAGUCGUCUUCAAACCUAAGCGGUAUAACCGAGACUAUGUGGUAGAAGGGGAGCCAUACGCUGGCUACGACAGACACAACGCAGAGGUGGCAGCCUUUCAUUUGGACAGGAUUCUGGGUUUCCGCCGAGCCCCCCUGGUGGUUGGCAGAUUUGUUAAUCUACGGACAGAGAUCAAGCCCGUUGCCACGGAGCAGCUGUUGAGCACCUUCCUGACCGUAGGAAAUAAUACUUGUUUCUAUGGGAAGUGUUACUACUGCCGAGAGACAGAGCCAGCGUGUGCCGACGGAGACACGAUGGAGGGAUCUGUCACGCUGUGGCUUCCAGAUGUGUGGCCUCUGCAGAAACAUCGACACCCAUGGGGCAGGACUUACCGGGAGGGCAAACUGGCCAGGUGGGAGUACGAUGAGAGCUACUGUGACGCUGUGAAGAAAACGUCCCCUUACGACUCCGGCCCGCGUCUCCUGGACAUCAUUGACACCGCGGUCUUCGAUUACCUGAUCGGCAAUGCUGACCGCCACCACUAUGAGAGUUUUCAAGACGACGAAGGCGCCAGCAUGCUCCUCCUCCUCGAUAAUGCCAAAAGCUUUGGGAACCCAUCGCUGGAUGAGAGAAGCAUUCUCGCCCCCCUCUAUCAGUGUUGCAUCAUUCGGGUGUCCACCUGGAACAGACUGAACUACCUGAAGAAUGGUGUGCUGAAGUCUGCCUUAAAAGCCGCCAUGGCCCACGACCCCAUCUCCCCCGUGCUGUCUGAGCCUCACCUGGACGCCGUGGACCAGCGGCUCCUGGGCACCCUGGCCACCGUGAAGCAGUGCACUGACCAGUUUGGGGCUGACGCUGUGCUGGUGGAAGACAGGAUGCCUCUCUCCCACUUGUAAUUCGCAACACAAAAUAAGUGAAACUACUUUUUACAAAGCUAGAGAAACAGCACAAUCACUUCCAAAUGGCCUGAGAUGGAUUGGAAACGGCUGGCUACAAGCUCUGGGUGUAGGGGACGGGGUGGCCUUGGAUUCCUUUGGCGAUUUCUGUAGGAGAGGCUGAGGCAGAGACUAUAGGGUGCAGACCCCGGGAGCGUGCCGGACCACCCGACCCCUUGGCGUCAGCGCAUCCCCACGGUGGGCCUCCUGCUGGGUCCUCCUCACGCACGUGCCGGAGGGUGCACGGAGGGCGCACGGAGGUGUGACGUUUGGAUAGGUUAAUGCUGGGGUUGGUUCCAGAGCGUGUAGUUGGGGUUCAUCUUCUGAUCCUUCCUCCACACCUGUGGGUUUUCUGAAAACACUUUGUAAUCUCUCGAGUCCUUCUGUAACCAGGACUAGUGCCGUUGGGAGUUUCACAGCCUCCUGGGGAGCGGCGGCAAGUAAAACCUGGCGUCCUGGGGAGCCCAGACGGCGUGCUCCCUUGGAAGGCGUCUGUUUUUAGGACAGAGUUAGUGGGAAAGGCCAAGGCAGGAGAGAUGCUUGGGCUCGUAAGCGAUUGGGUGCCCGUGCUCUUUAUGGUGGUUUAGAGGAGGGGAGGAGAGGCGGGAGGGGAGAAGCUCCUGGCAGGGGCGUAAAAGCAGACAGUACUUGAACCUCAGUGAGCCUCGCGCUCUCACCGUGAAUUGUCCAGGCGUCAUUCUCUCGCAGAAACUUUCCUUUACCUUUUGCCCAAAGCAGGCAAAUCCUUUUCUAAAUUAACAAAGCGAACUGAGGUGAUACCUUGAAUAAGAGGGAAGUUGCCUGUGAACUCUGCCAUCCUGAGUCUCUUCAGGAAAGAAUUUCCACCUCAGUCUUUAAGGCAUGUGGUCCCCGCAGCCUCUGUUCCCAAGAGAAUGGCCGUCCUGUUGGUGCCUUUCUCGUGAGAACAGCCAGCUCACCCUCUCAGCGGACAGUGUGCGUCCUGCUGGCGGCUGGACCUGCCCUAUGACUUGGGCCUUGCAGAAGAUGGGGAACAAAAAUUUUAAGCUUUCUGAGCCUUAAAAUUAAGGAGGUUACCAGGAAGGGCCUUAAAAUUUAUCAAGCCCUAAUGUGCUCCUUGAAUUUCAUCGGGCGUUCUGAACCGAUGGCACGGUGUCGUUUUCUGGCGUCGUCUCGCUGCGUGCAGGUGUCAGGCGGCUGAUGCGUGAGCUCCGUGCGCUCUGUGUUCCCGCUGAGCGGCUCGGAUCCCGGAGCAGUGGGGGCGGGUGGUCCCGGUGUGCCCGCUCACUGGGCCCGUCCCUCCUGCAUCUUGUCUGGGUGCGGGCCAGCUUUGCACUCCUGUCGAGCAGACACUGGAGUUUAAAGGGUGCGGGUGAGCAGGUGUCAUGGCGACCGUCGGAGACCGGUGUCAGGCAGCCACCCUUUCAAAGACUGCGUGGAACAUAUGCCCUAACUUUCUCGCAUUGAAGGAGCGCUGAGUAACCUGCGGCUACUUAACAGUAGCACGAAGUUAGGUUGCUUUUGUGCUUUGUGUGUGCAUUUGGAGACAUACACAAGAAUGGGUUGAGUUCCUUAAAAAAGAUGUUGAAUUUAAGAAGACAGGUAUUAGCACAAAACACUGAAACCCGGUCAACCAAAGGAGGCCUUAGAUUCCAAUUUUAAGGCCCAUUUGUGGUGUGUGUUAAGUGAAAUUUAACAGUUGAGUUGUGAGUACCUUGGAGAGCGCCCCCCAGAGCGGCAGGGGGGAGGCCGCGCUGCCCCCUGCAGGGGGUGCGUGUUAGUUGAACUAAAGAAAGGGUCAAACCAAGUGAAGGUCCAAGGGUCUGUGUUCCUGCAGACACGUAGCACCGGGCAUGUGUCGCAGAGGGUGGGCAAGAAUUGUCCUCAGCCUGGGAGCUUCAUUCAUGAUGUUGAAGGCAGAAGAUACUGCUAAGGAAGAGAGCAGGAGGGGGAGCUGCUUUGAAAAUGUCGCAUCCUUUUUUCCAGAACAUCACAGAAAUGUUUAAUUUCAUUCCCUUUCUACCAUUUUAAAAUUCAUGGUCUUAAGAGGUGUUCAGAUGUGUCGUGGUUAAACUCAUACGCUAACAGGGUGGCUGUGACAAGGCUCUUAGAACAGAUUUAUGUUCUAAUCAGGAUUGGAUUAAGCUAGGACAGCAUGUGUAGGCACAUUUUGGCAAAAACCAAGCAGAGGCCUAUAGGCCUAAAAUUCACAAAAACUAAAUUCUGGUUGAAAACAGAGACAGGUACCUUUUUUUUUAAGUUUUGUUACUCUGUCCUCUUUGUGGUUUAUUUAGCACUCUUAUACUCAGCCAAGUCCCUGGAAGUGUUCUUGGUCAGCCCUAGGUUGGGGGUACCUAAGGGAGCAUCUAAAGGUAGAUGUGGAUGCAUUUUAAUAUUUAAUAUUGUCAGAUGAGGAAAAUCAAAACUGACUGUCAUUUCCUUACUUCCUCCCACUUCCUAAAUACGUUUAUUCCAGAGUUUGAGGAAAUAUGGGUAAAGCAGUUUCAUUCUAAAUUAUUCUUUAAUAUGAGGUUAAGUUGUGGGUUUGAGUGUAAAUAAUUGUCAAAACAAAUUAAUAGGAUCAGAUUUUCUCAGAGUAUUGUUCAAUAAUAUAUAAGGCAUUUCUCCCUCUUGCACUCAGGACUAAUGUGUCAAAUGAAAUUUAAGGAGGAAAUGGAAGAAUUCAGGUACAUCCAUUGCAUAUUAGGAAAGAUGAAACCUGUGUCCAUGGCAAUUUUCCAGUGUCAUCUGAACAACAAGUUCUCCCAAGGAGAUUUAUCUUUUCCUUUUCUUAUAGAAAAGGAAAAAAAAGGCCUUCGGCUUUCCCUUCCCAUCCACCAUAUUCCCUCGGCUUCCAUUCUCAGUGGUCCAUGUAUUCUUGUUUGCCAGUGACAGUAAAACAGCAUCUGUCUUGUAAGAGUCACCUUGUGGGCUCGAGCUUCAGGAAACAUGAGUAAAGGCGUAUGUGUGUAUAUAGUCGUAUAUGUAUUGUAGCAAGAAAACAAAUGUAUUUAUUUUGACACAGGGAAACACUGACUUAUGUUGCUGAAGAACUUGAAGCUAGUGGCAGGUUCUCUCCUCGGUGUCCCUGAGUGGACCCCGGGUGACACAGACCAUACCCUGAGCAGGCGCCAGCCAUGGUGGGCACACGUGAGCCACACAGACCUGACUGCGUGAGGCCUGCUGUCCGGGGAAGGCCAGGUUUUCUCCCUUCGAUUCCUCAAGUCUGGGUUGCAAAGGCAGGGGCUGGGGACUCUACUGCCACAGGCUUCUAAGGAACUGAGGCGUUACAAGUACGAAAUGAUCGAGGUGGGGGGCGGGGAACUGGGAAUAACUUACUGGGAAGCUAAUUUAUUUGCUUAAAAGGGCCGUGUGGGAACUGGUACCCUCCGUUUUGAUCUGCCAAGGAUCUCCUCUCAGAGCUGGUGCACAAGUAGAGGGUGGGCCUGGGAAGACCCCAAACAAGACAGAUACGCACCUAAAUUUCUAAUGUGUUCUAUGGGUUUCAAUUCUGAAAAAAAAAAAUAAAUAAAGAUUUUAUUAAGUAUUGAUGUA